AUGAAUACCGUCGCAGUAGCUGGUGGCACGGGAGGCGUGGGCGAAACUCUCGUUGAGACGUUGACAGAGCAGUCGAAGUUUCACGUCGUUGUGUUGUCACGGAAUGAACUGAAGCAAGAAUCUGUGACCCGCGCAGUAUCUCAUAUCAGGAUCGACUACGACGACAUCCCUGUCCUUACGAGGCAACUCGAGGACCACAACAUCCACACCAUCAUCUCGGCAAUCGGCCUCGUCUCCGAGGAGACCAGCAAAGCCCAACUCAACCUGAUCGAGGCUGCCGACAAGUCAAAAGUGACUGAAAGAUUUAUCCCAAGCGAAUAUUCGUUCAUCCAAACGGCCGACCUUCUUCCCAUCGAUCCUAGCAUCCAGUUCUGGCUAGAUGCGGCGGAUCGUCUUAAGGCUAGUUCUCUGAAGUAUACCCGUGUUAUCCCGGGUUUCUUCAUGGACUACUGGGGAAUGCCACAUGUCAAAACCAACCUCCAGCCAUACAGCUUCGGAAUUAAUAUCUCAAGCCGGACGGCUGCCAUCCCAGGUGACGGCAACGAUGUGAUAUGUAUGACCUACACGUACGACAUGGCUCAGUAUAUGGUCAAGGUACUGGAUCUUCAAGAAUGGCCGGAAUUCAGUGUUGUCGUGGGCGAUGAGGUUACCUAUAACCAGAUCCUGGCGAUGGCGGAGCAGAUUCUGGGCGAGAAGUUCAAAGUCACCUACGACAGCCUCGAUCGAAUCAAAGCGGGCAACGUCACCAACCCGCCCAUGCCAAGUGACCUCGGCUGUACAGAGGAAGAGCUGACAGAAGUGACUGCGCUAGUCAGCCGGCUCACCGUGAAGGGCGUCUUCGACCUCCCGAAAGAAAAUUGCCUCAAUAGCCGAUUCCCGGAAGUGCAGCCAAUUACGAUGAAGAAGUUCCUGGAAAAGGCAUGGGGAGGAAACCAACAUUAA